ACACCAAUCAUUCAAUAGCAACCAUUGCCAAUGUCAUUAGUUGAGACUUCUAGUUUGAGGAACAGACAGAUAUCGAUAUUGGAGCGAAUGCUUCAUUUGAACAAGGAAGGGUCGGCUGAUCUCACCUUGGCGUCCAAAAGUGAGGAAAUAAUCUGGAAAGUGUUGGUUUUAGACACCAAGUCACGAGCAGUGUUGUCAUCAGUUUUGAGAGUCAAUGAUUUGCUCAGAUGUGGUAUUACAGUUCAUUCGUUGAUUAAUUCUAAUAGAUCGGCCUUGCCUGAUGUCCCUGUUAUAUAUUUUGUCGAGCCAACCAUUGAAAAUAUCUUGUUAAUUAUCGACGAUUUGGUUCAUGACAAGUACGAAUCCUUCUAUAUAAACUUUACUUCCUCGAUUAAUAGAGAACUUCUUGAAGAAUUUGCUAAAAAGGUUUCCACUUCGGGCAAAUCUACCAAGAUCAAACAAGUUUACGAUCAAUAUCUUGAUUUUAUUGUUACCGAACCUAACUUGUUUUCAUUGAACUUGCCAAAGAUAUUCACUACUUUUAAUACUGUUCAUACCCAAGAAGAAACCAUUCACCAAUUGGUUGAUACCAUAGCUGAUGGUUUACUUUCCACUAUAAUAACCAUGGACAUAGUUCCCGUGAUAAGAGCACAACAAAAUGGACCUGCAGAAUUUGUAGCCACCCUGUUAGACUUGAAAUUGAGAGAUUAUUUGAGUAAUUCUAGAAAUGCUGGCGCAACUCAACCCAUUCAACAGCGUCCAGUUAUGAUCUUAUUGGAUAGAAACUUUGAUUUGGCAUCCAUGUUUUCUCAUUCGUGGAUUUAUCAAUGUAUGGUUAGUGAUGUGUUUUCAUUGCAAAGAAAUACAAUUCUGAUCCAUAAAUAUUCCAAGGAAAGCACUCAACCAACUAUAAAGAAGUACGAUGUUGAUCCAAGAGAUUUCUUUUGGAAUAAGUAUUCUCAAUUGCCAUUCCCAGAUGUUGUCGAAAGUGCCGAUGCUGAGUUAAACGCAUAUAAGAAUGAUGCUAAAGAAGUUACUGCCAAAACAGGUAUAACAUCUUUACAGGAUAUCGAUCACAACACUAGUGAAACUGCAAAUAUUCAACAAGCAGUUGAAAAAUUGCCAGAAUUGACUGCCAGAAAGACUACUUUGGAUAUGCAUAUGGAUAUACUUGCAGCAUUAAUUGAUGAGCUUCAAGCGAAGAAUUUGGAUAAGUUUUUUGAAAUUGAACAAAAUGCAAGUGAUCCAAAGGAAUUGAAAGAAUUCCUUGACUUGUUAGCAACUAAGACGGAAAGAGAUAGCUCACUUGAUAAGUUGAGAACUUUUAUGAUCUUGACUUUAAUUGUGGAUGUUACUCCUGAUUAUGUUGACAAAGUUAGAGGAAUUUUCAAGGAAAAGUACCCUGAAGUUGACAUGGCUGCUUUUGACUACAUUCUCAAGUUCAAAGAAAACUCCAAAUUGGCUAAUUUGGCUUCAUUAAAUGAUACUGGCCUGAAGAAUCUCCAUAAUAACACCCCAUCGAAUUUGAAUUCGUCUGCUCUCUUAAGUGGGUUGUCUUCUAAGUUAUAUGGGUUAACUGAAGGUAAAAUCUCGGAAGGGUUAAGUUCGAUCGCUACUAGAAUAAAAAGCUUUAUCCCAGAAAAAAAAUUAUUACCAAUUACAAACCUUGUUGAAGCUAUUAUGGAUCCAAACAAUUCAUCAGCUAGUUCGGUCCAAUUAACCGAUGAAUACUUGUACCUAGAUCCAAAAUCAAGAGGGGGCCAUUCCAAACCUCCAAGAAGACAAUCAUACCAAGAAUCAUUGGUGUUUGUCGUUGGUGGUGGUAACUACUUGGAAUAUCAAAACUUACAAGAAUGGGCUAAUGAACCAGGUAAGCCACCAAAGAAGGUUGUCUAUGGAAGUACUGAAAUUGUUUCUGCUUCCGAUUUCUUGAAAGAGUGUGAUGAUUUAGGGAAAAACAAUUAAACUCGUUAUGCUAAUAUAAUAUACAAUUCUUUUUUU